UUAGAUCCAGUAGUUACUUUUCCAAAUUGGAUCAAAACAAAAACAAUGAACUCAUCGUCAUCAUCAACAACAGGAGACACGACCAAGGUACCACCAAUAAAGUCAUCGUCGUCGAUUGCAGAUUCAUUGUGGGGAUGCGGAAUUUCGAGUGGUAUUCAUGUGAAAAAGGAAGAGCUUAAGCAAAAGCUAACAAUACCACAAUACCUACGCUUUUCAAUGCAAGAUUCCAUCAAGUUUAGGGACCCCACCGCUGGCCAAAGUCAUUACAUUCAAAACAAAGACAACGACAAUGUGGUGGCGCCAUCCACACCUUUGGUUGUUUUCAUUAACCCUCGUAGUGGUGGUCGUUGCGGCCCUAUUCUCAAGGAAAGGCUUCAACAUCUUAUGAGUGAAGAACAGGUUUUAGACAUGUUAGAUGUGAAGCCUCAUGAGUUUAUUCAGUUUGGGUUAGGCUGCCUAGAGAUGUUGGCUGGUCUUGGUGAUUCUUGUGCUAAAGAAACACGUGAAAGAAUAAGGAUUGUGGUAGCCGGAGGUGAUGGUUCAGUUGGAUGGGUAUUAGGAUGUCUCACAGAACUUCAUGAACGAGGUUACGAGUCAGUUCCUCCAGUAGGGAUAAUACCACUUGGUACAGGCAAUGACCUAUCUAGGAGUUUUGGUUGGGGUGGUUCGUUUCCUUUGACAUGGAAACCAGCUAUUAAGAGAACUCUUUACAAGGCUAGUAUUGGUCCAAUUUGUCAUUUGGAUAGUUGGCGAUUUUCACUUUCAAUGCCAGAAGGCACAAUAAUAGAAUCACCACAUUCUUUGAAGCAAACUAUAGAGUUCACACUUGAUGAGGGCUUAGAAGUUGAAGGAGACUUGCCUAAGAAUGUCAUAUGUUAUGAAGGCGUGUUCUACAAUUACUUCAGUAUAGGAAUGGAUGCCCAAGUAGCUUAUGGUUUUCAUCAUUUACGUAAUGAAAAACCUUACCUUGCCCAAGGUCCAAUUGCUAAUAAGAUUUUAUACUCAGGUUAUUCCUGUACUCAAGGAUGGUUCUUCACGCCUUGCACUAGUGAACCAAGUUAUAGGGGCCUUAAGAAUAUUUUGCGGAUGCAUGUCAAAAAGUUCAAUUGUACAGAAUGGGAACACGUUCCAGUUCCUACAAGUGUAAGAGCAAUAGUUGCUUUGAAUCUUCAUAGUUAUGGAAGUGGUAGAAAUCCAUGGGGUAAUCUAACUCCCGAAUAUUUAGAAAAGAAAGGCUUCGUUGAAGCAAAGGUUGAUGAUGGACUUAUAGAAAUAUUUGGUCUGAAACAAGGAUGGCAUGCAUCAUUUGUCAUGGUUGAAUUGAUUUCUGCAAAGCAUAUAGCCCAGGCAACAACUAUUCGAUUGGAAGUCAGGGGUGGGGAAUGGAAAGAUGCAUAUAUGCAAAUGGAUGGAGAACCCUGGAAACAACCUAUGAGCAAGGAUUUCUCCACAUUUGUGGAAAUAAAAAGGGAACCAUUUCAAUCAAUCAUGAUUAAUGGAGAGUAAUCCUUUCUUCAAAGGUGUGCAUAUUAAAUAUAAUUUUCCACACUUAUUUUUUAUA